GGCUGCAGUCCGGAGCACAAAGUUUGGAGUGUGUGCAGCAGGAAUGAUCGCUUCGAGCUUCAGGGACUGUCAGGCGUGGAGAGCGGAGGGCCUCGCUUUGUCCACCAGCAGCAAUGAGGCCUGCAAACUGUACGAUGCAAUGCUCACACAGUAUGUUAAAUGGCGGAAUGAUGAAACCCUGGGAGGACUGGAGGGAUGCAUGUCUGCCAUCCAGGCCGCUGAUCCCAACUUUGUUAUGGGAAACGUGAUCAGUACGGGUCUGGAGCUGGUGGGCACGGGCAGCUCCCCCCGGCUGGACGCCCGCCUGGCCGCCGCCGUGAGCCGGACCGUGGAGCUCGCCAGCAGCCAGGAUAUCUCCCCCAGGGAGCGGCUGCACGUCAAAGCCAUGGAGCUGUUCUCACGGGGGAAUUUUCCAAAAGCCUGUGAAGUGUGGGAAGAUAUUCUGGUUGAUCAUCCCACUGAUCUGUUGGCCCUCAAGUUUGCACAUGAUGGUUACUUCUACAUGGGAGCCCAGGUCCCGAUGAGGGACUCCGUGGCCCGGGUGCUCCCCCACUGGAAACCACACAUGCCCCUGUACAGCUAUCUAAAAGGAUUUUACUCCUUUGGUCUCCUGGAGACUCGUUUCUAUGACCAGGCUGAGAAAGUGGCCAUGGAGGGUCUGGCUCUGACUCCCGAUGAUGCAUGGGCCGUGCACGCCGUGGCCCACAUCUGUGAAAUGAGGGCCGAGGUGGACAAGGGCCUGAAGUUCAUGGAGAGCCGAGAGAAGGACUGGCAGGUGAGCGAUAUGCUGGCCAGCCACAACUAUUGGCACUGGGCUCUGGGCUUCAUCGAGAAGGGGGAAUACGAAGCCGCCCUGCAGAUCUUCGACGAUCAGGUAUUCCGACACUGUAAAGCCUCAGGAUCCAUGUUGGACACUGUUGACUCCAGCUCCCUGCUCUGGCGGCUGGAAAUGGAAGGUGUGUGUGUGAAGGAGCGCUGGCGGGAGCUGUUCCAGGUCACUCAGCGUCACACCGACGAUCACGUGACCUUGUUCAAUGACCUGCACUUCCUCAUGGCGUCGCUGGGGGCCGAGGAGAGCGCCACGACCCGCCGUCUGCUGGAGGGCCUCCAGGAAUUGGCUAAGGAACCGGGGGACAAUCAGCAGCACCAGCUGGCUCAGACUGUCGGCAUACCCAUGUGUCAGGCCAUCAUCGACUACAGCCACGGCGAUUUCAAGCACGCCGUGGAGCGCCUGUACCCGCUACGCUACCGCAUGGUGGACGUCGGUGGAAGCGAUGCCCAGAGAGAUGUGUUCAAUCAGCUGCUCAUUCAUGCAGCCAUGAAAUCGGAGGACAAACACCAUCGCAAACUGGGAAGAUGUCUCGUGGUGGAGCGAGACGCCGUGAGGCCCAACUCCCCCCUGACCCAGCGUCUCAUGCAGAAGGCUCUGGCUCUCCACGACUAGCGGCGAGAGGCAAGACGCUCGGUGCACUGGCGGGAACUUGGCGCCGCUGUCAAGGCGGCUGAAACCUUUCAUGCAGGAAGCUCGGUGUCCUUCAAGCACCACGAGCCGAAGUGUUCAUUAUUAAAUGAUCGAGAAAUAAUAAAUAGCCACAUGAGCUGUGGCUGGGAAGUUGUUUCACACCAUAAUAGUUUUUAAUUUAACACUUUGACGUCUUGCUCUUGUGUUUAUUCUCUCCUCCGCUGCGACUGUUCACACUGCAGUUGAUACUAAAUGAUCUGAAAUGUGACUUAAUGGAGACAUUUGGCUUGAUUGUUGCACAAAAACAAACAGCUUU